AUGGAAGAAGUGAAGCUUUUUAGGACAUGGUCAAGCCCAUUUGCUCUAAGGGUAGUUUGGGCACUCAAACUAAAAGGCAUAGAGUAUGAGACCAUCUAUGAAGAUCUUGCAAACAAGAGUUCUUUACUACUCAAAUACAACCCUGUUCACAAAAAAAUUCCUGUGUUGUUGCACAAUGGAACACCAAUAUGUGAAUCACUUGUAAUUCUUGAGUAUAUUGAUGAGACAUGGAACAAAACUACUCCUCUUUUACCUAAAGAUCCACUUGCUAGAGCCACUACACGUUUCUGGGCAAAGUUUAAUGACGAACAGCUAGCACCAUCAGUAUUCCAUGCUUACACAAGCCAAGGAGUGGAGCAAGAAGAAGCAAAGGCUCCUGCUUUAAAAAACCUAGAAAUUGUCGAAAAACAGCUAAAAGGAAAGAAAUUCUUUAGUGGAGAAACAAUUGGAUUCUUAGAUCUUGCAUUUGGAUGGAUUGCAAAUUAUCUUGAAAUAUUUGAAGAAACAAGUGGCAUAAAACUCUUAGAGGAAGAGAGAUUUCCUCUUAUAAUGUUAUGGAAAGAUAACUUUUAUAAUAUCUCAAUAAUUAAAGAAAGUUGGCCAGAUCGGGAGAAGUUGGUUACCAAGUUCAAGGUCAUGCGUGAGUAUUUCCUUUCUGUUAAAGCAUCUAAAUAA